AUGAGCACCAACGAUGAAAUAGGCUUUGUGAACGAGUUUAUACUCUCCUAUCGUUCCCGCGAGCAUCCUUCAAGAAACCGUUGCCUCGAGGUGGCUGCUACAUGUGGCAACGCUCUCAAGAAAGCACAGAUCCUACACAAGAUAAACUGCUUUAACAUCCCAACCACCAAAUUGGAAGGUCAGUUGAAAGUGCGCGAGAUGGUACGGGGCAUUCGGUACGAGCAGACGGGCGGAAUCGAAGCAGAAGUGCUCGACUUGGCCAGCGUGUCGGUUCAUGUGCAUCGGCCCCAAGAUAGAAAGCGUGUCCAUGGGAUUAUUCAGGAAGAGUUCACAGUAUGGCCUGUCGAGUACAUAGAAGGAGGAGUCGAAACAGAGGACGACAAGUGCACGGAGUUCUACUGGAUUUCGCAGAAAGGAGACGAGCGGUUCUGGCCUUGCAAGAUCGUGGAGCUCCAAAUAGUGACGGAUACGGGAAAUAGGAAGUUUUCAACGCAGCAUGAACUUGGGAUGUUCUUGUGUGAGUGGGCUGCCGUCCUGGACAGAGAGGAAGAUUGCGGCGAGGUGAAGCCACUCUGGGAGGCGUUGACGCUCAUUGAUCGGUGCAAGCCGAGCUUUCUACACGAUACGUUCCAGUCAGGCAGUAUCUCGAGGAUGGGUGACAGUGACUUCUCACAGCAGGCUCGUGCCUUCUGGCCCCUUGAGCUCAGCCUGGCCAUGUAUGUAACCAACUCUAUCAUCCGGUCGAGGCGCGGCAAAGAGGCGAUCCGCCAAACAAUCGAUUCGAUGGAGAGGGACUCUGAGCCUAGACGACAAAGGCGCAAGAUGGAGAUUGUGAGAGAUUCAAUUAUCUGGAUGGCAUAUCUUCAUUCAUGGGGCGAGGGGGCAGUCGAUGUGCUCUACCACGGCCUCAACCCAGUGCGUCAGAGCCAUUACCAGCAGCGGAUCGCAUGGCUGAACGAACGGCGGACACAACGCUUUCAUGUGUUGGAGACAGACACUCUGCUGCCAGAACCGGAGGCUGAGAGUCUCAAGAGAUUGUGGCUUUUGUUUGAACAGCAUUCGCAGCUGCCUGUGCAGUAUGUUUUUAGCCUUGCGAUAUUGGGAAUCAAGGGCCACACGAAGCCUAGUUGGACCCAUCUCAACAGUGCUGUCACUGAACUUGUGAAAGCCCGUGUCGACCGUGGAAGACGAUGGGAGGGCGAGGGGGCGGUAUAG